AUGGCAAACGAAUUACCAAAAGUUAAACCAAUUGACCCUUAUCUUACAACUAUUAUUGUUAAAAUUGAUCGGGACAAUGUCGAUUCAAAAUUAAUUACACCUGCUGCUAAAAUUAUUCAACAAGGUGGGUUGGUUUGUUUUCCAACAGAGACGGUCUACGGAUUGGGUGCUGACGUUUUCCAACCAAAUGCAAUUAAUCAAAUUUUUAAAGUCAAAGGAAGACCAAAUGAUAAUCCAUUGAUUUGUCAUAUUUCUGACAUCGAGAUGCUUAAUAAAUUAGCUGCACAUGUGAGUGAAGACGCACAUAAAUUGAUUAAAAGAUUUUGGCCUGGUGCACUAACUAUUAUUUUCCCUAGAAAUGAAACAGUACCAAAUGAAGUCACUGCAGGGUUAAAUACAGUUGGUGUUCGAAUGCCAUCUCAUCCAAUUGCAUAUGAAUUCAUUAAACAAUGUAAAACACCUAUUGCAGCACCUUCUGCCAAUUUAUCAACAAAACCAUCACCGACUAUAGGAAGACAUUGCAUAGAUGAUUUAAAUGGAAGAAUUGAAAUGAUUAUUGAUGGAGGGGCAUGUGAUAUUGGUGUUGAAUCUACAGUGUUAUUGUUAGGGAAUGAACACCCAACUAUUCUAAGACCAGGAGGAGUUACACUUGAAAUGUUACGUGAAGUUAUUCCUUCUACUCAAGUAUAUAAAAUGUCAACAAACUUGUCCUUAGAAGCAAAACCACCAACACCAGGCAUGAAAUAUAGACAUUACGCACCAUCUGUUGAUACAAUUGUUAUUACUGGAGAUAAACGAAGUGAAAAACUAAUUGAAUUAUGUCAUGAAUAUAUGAAAAGUGGGAAGAGAGUUGGUGUUGUUUGUUGGAGUUUAGAAAGUCUUAAUUGUACUUUGUUUAUGAAAGUUACAGGAGAUAGAUAUAAAGGAAUGGCACAUGCAUUAUUUACUGAUAUGAGAGAUUUAGAUGGUAAAGUUGAUAUCAUUUUAAUUGAAGGGGUUCAAGAAAUUAAAGAAGGGUUAGCAGUAAUGAACAGAGCAAAGAAAGCAGCAGUAAAGGUGAUUGAAGCUAAUUGA